GGAUUCUAACUGAAUCUCGGCGAAUGUAAACAACACUACUAAGAUGCUCUCCAGACCUGUCCUCAUCACUGCUGUAGGCAUCAGCUGCAUUCUGUUCCUCUACACAGUCACCAGGACUGGACACAUUCCAGGCACCGUUGAACCACCCAUCCCUGGUGCCCAGACAGACAGCCCUAAGCAUGUGUUAGUAACUGGAGCUGCCGGCUUUGUAGGCUUCCACCUGUCCAAGGCUCUGUUGGACAAGCCUCACGCUAGAGUCUUUGGUGUGGACAACUUUGACAAGUGGUCAGACUUAAAACUAAAGCAGGACAGAGCCCAUGAGCUGUAUGAAUACGGAGUGGCGCUGGAGGACGGGGACAUCUGUGACCAGGAGUACCUGACCGACCUCUUCAGGAGGGAGAACUUCACCCACGUGGUGCACCUGGCGGGGAGGUCAGGGGUCAGAGGUCAGGACCUGGAUGCCGCUGCCAUCAUGGAGAACAAUGUGGAGUGCUUUGUGAACUUACUGGAGGUCAUGAAAAACUAUAAGAACAUCAAGCUUGUCUAUGCCUCGUCAGCAUCAGUCUAUGGAAGCUCGUCCCAACUUCCUUUCUCCCCCUCUCAUCAUGUACUCCAACCUGACACCAUAGAGGGCCUUGCCAAGCGGACUGGAGAGCUCCUUGCACAGGGGUACUGUAAGGAGUAUGGUCUGCACCAGGUGGGGUUGCGUUUCUUCACGGUGUACGGGCCGUGGGGACGGGAAGACUCAGCCCUCAACAUCUUCACUCAGCAGAUGCUGGAAGGAGAGGUCCUACAGGUGUUCCACACCAGGGAGGGCCGUCCCCUGGAGAGAGACUUCCUGUAUGUGGAGGAUGCAGUUCGAGGUGUCCUGUCAGCCCUGGACUUCAGCCCGACCCACUGUGGACAUGUGUUCAACCUGGCUUCAGGUCAGGCACAGUCAGCAGUUGACCUGGUGGCUCUACUGGAGCAGCAGCUCAACAUUCAGGCACAGGCGGGCCUUAUGGCCGUGAAGGGGUCAUAUGGGGGUAACCCUGAUGCAUAA